AUGGCUGGAUUGAAGCGUGCCGUCGACGGCAGCGAGGAGCGCAAUGGCAAGCGGAGCAAGACCAAGGAAGGUUCCGCAUCCAAGAAGUCCAAGCCCACAGCGCCCGUGAAGAAGUCCAGCUCUUCAUCAAAGGUUUCCAAGAAGGACUCCAAGUCUAGCAAGAGCGACAAGAAGCCUUCCAAGAAGGCGCAGAAGGAGGAGUCCGAGGACGACGACGAAGACGACUUUGACAUCGACGAUGUUUCCGACGAAGAUAUUGAUGCCCUUGAUGCCCUUUCAGACAACGAAGACGUUGAGAUGGAGGAUGCCAGCGAUAAGGAGGAGCCCGAGUCGGACGAACAGGAACAGAAAGACCCUCCCAAGAACCCCAACAACAACUCCCGCGAGUCUCACAUCAAGCAAAAGGCGCUCCAGCAAGAGCGCAAGGCCGCCAAGCCCAAUGCCGACACCGUCGCCCGGUCCAAGAAGCUUUGGGAGCAGCUGCGCCGCAAGUCCCACGUCCCACUGGAGCAGAGGAAGAAGCUGGUCAAGGAGCUGUUUGAGAUCAUUACCAACCGAGUCCGCGAUUUCGUCUUCAAGCACGACUCUGUCCGAGUUAUCCAGACUGCGCUCAAGUACGGAAACCUCGAGCAGCGCAAGCUGAUUGCCCACGAGCUGAAGGGUACCUACAAGGAAUUGGCGCAGAGCCGAUACGCCAAGUUCUUGGUUGGAAAGUUGAUCGUCCACGGAGACGAGGAGACCCGCGAUUUGAUUAUUCCAGAGUUCUACGGCAACGUUCGUCGCCUCAUUCGCCACGCCGAGGGUUCAUGGAUUCUCGACGAUAUCUACCGACAGGUCGCCAGCAAGGCGCAGAAGGACCGCCUUCUGCGUGAGUGGUACGGCCCCGAGUUCGUGAUCUUCCAGAACGAGGGCGAGACAUCCUCCGACCUGACCAAGAUUCUCGAAGCCCACCCCGAGAAGCGUGGACCUAUUAUGAACUACCUGCGCGAGAUGAUCAACCAGCUGGUGCAGAAGAAGAGCACCGGUUUCACCAUGCUCCACGACGCCAUGCUGCAGUACUUCCUUAACACGAAACCCGGAAGCAACGAGGCCAACGAAUUCAUCGAGCUGCUGAAGAGUGACGAGGAGGGUGAUCUGGUCAAGAACCUGGCUUUCACCAAGUCCGGUUCUCGCCUGAUGUCUCUGUCCUUUGCCUACGCCAACGCCAAGGACCGCAAGCUGCUUCUCCGUUUCUACCGUGAUACCGUCAAGGCCAUGGCUGGCGACCUUCACGGUCACCAGGUCAUUCUUGCCGCUUACGAAGUCAUUGACGACACCAAGCUGAGCUCCAAGUCUUUCUUCCCCGAGCUCUUGAACCAGAAUGAUUCCGAGGAGGCCCGUCACGAAGAGCUCUGCUUCCAGGUCAAUGACCUGACUGCCCGUAUUCCCGUACUAUAUCCCUUUGCCGGCGAGCGCGUGAAGUGGCUCCUGCCCGAAGGGGACCAGAAGGUCCUCGAGGAAGUCCGCGAGGUUCGCAAGGAAACCUCCAAGAAGGAUGCCAACGUGCGUCGCCUGGAGCUCGUCAAGGCUGCGUCCCCCACAUUGCUUGAGUUCAUUGCCGCCCGCGCCGCUACUCUUCUCGAGACCACUUUCGGCUGCCAGUUCCUUUCCGAGGUCCUGUUCGAGGCGGACGGCGACAAGACCGCCGCUCUGGCGGCCGUGGCCGAGGCUGCCAAGGAGCACACCGAAGCCCGGGACACUGCCCACGCCGGUCGUCUCCUGAAGUCACUCGUGCAGGGUGGCCGCUUCAACGCUGCGACCAAGAGCGUUGAGAAGGUUGAGCCCGCGCUGAACUUCCACGGUGUGCUUUACGACCAGAUCAAGGAUGAGGUUAUGGACUGGGCGACUGGGGCCAAUCCUUUCGUCAUUGUUGCGCUGGCUGAGUCCGAGGACUUUGAGAAGAAGAGUGAGCUGCUCAAGACGUUGAAGAAGAACAAGAAGGCGCUGGAGCAGGCCUCGGCGUCGGUUGUUGAGAAGGAUGGUAAGAAGAAGCCUAGCCCCACGAGCAGUGGUGCUAAGCUCCUCCUGGCGAAGAUCUAA